AUGCCUUUAGCUGAACCAAAGGACGACGAUGUCGAGCGCUCACAGGCAAGCAAUUCUCGAGGAGGGCUGUCAGACAGUUCCGACUCCCCGAGCGACGCCUUAUCCACCUGCGAAUGCCAGCAUAAUGAGAAACACCACGAUGGACAUCGGCCUUGCACCCUCGAGAUGCGCCCGUCUCAAGUACGAGUCAGCGGCAGAGAGGGACCCGAUGAGUUAAGGAGAACGCUGUCACGCCGUGAGACUACCUUAUCGAGGAUACGAUCUCGGCCAACAGUCGCGCCAUUCUCUCACCCGCUGAGCCAGCAAAAGACGUCGGAGGACUGUCUGGUAGAUUUCGAGGGCCCGGACGACCCCUAUCGCCCCAUCAACUGGUCUACGCACAAAAAAGUGUCCACCACGCUCCUCUACGGUCUCGUCACCAUGACCGCGACGUGGGCGUCGUCGGCCUACUCGGCUGGCACUAUGCAGAUCGCCGAGGAGUUCGGCGUCGGCACGCAGACUGCGACGCUCGGAACCACGCUCUUUCUUCUUGGAUUCGGGCUGGGGCCGCUGAUGUGGGCGCCGCUGUCGGAGGUCUAUGGACGCCGUAUCGCUGUGCUCUCGCCCAUGUUCGUCGCCAUAUGCUUCUCGUUCGCGACAGCGCCGGCCAAGGAUCUGCAGACCAUCAUGAUCACGCGGUUCUUCGGCGCGCUCUUCGCUUCGGCGCCAGUGACGAAUACGGGAGGUGUGCUAGGCGAUCUUUUCUCGCCAGCAUACCGAGGCAUCGCAAUGGCGGGUUAUGCCAUGGCCGUGGUUGGGGGUCCAACCGUCGGUCCCAUCGUCUCAGCCGCCGUGGUGGUGCAGCCGUGGCUCGGCUGGCGCUGGACCGAAUACAUCAGCGGCAUCCUGCAGUCCUUCAUCUUGAUCUUUGCCCUAAUCUUCAUCGACGAGACCUACCCACCGGUCCUGCUCGUCGCCAAGGCGCGCCGCCUGCGGCACGAGACCGGCAACUGGGCCCUGCACGCGAAAUACGAAGAGUGGGACGUCAGUAUCGUCGAGCUGGCCAAGAAGUUCCUCGUCCGCCCGGUGCAGCUGCUGUGCACGCCCAUCUGCUUCCUUGUGGCGCUGUACGCGUCUUUCUGCUACGGGAUCCUCUACAUGCAGCUAGGCGCAGUCCCCAUCAUCUUCCACGAGGUCAGGGGCUGGCCGCAGGUGUCCAGCGAACUGCCAUUUCUUGCCAUAUGUCUGGGCGCGCUGACGGGGGCCGCCAUCAAUAUGGCCAACCAGGUCUACUACAACAAGGCCUACCACGCCGCCGGCGACCGCGCCGUCCCCGAGAAGCGCCUGCCGCCGAUGAUGCUGGGCUCGGUGCUCUUCGCCGCGGGCCAGUUCAUCACGGGCUGGACGGCCGACCCUGCCGUCGCCCCAUGGAUCGCGCCCGUCAUCGGCCUCUACCUGACCGGCUGCGGUUUCAACACCAUCUUCCAGGCCGCGCUCAACUACCUGGUCGACACGUUCCAGAUGUACGCGGCGAGCGCGGUGGCUGCAAACACGUUUUUGAGGAGUUGCUUCGCGGCCGCCUUCCCGCUGGUCGUGUCGCCGCUGUACCACAACAUCGGCGUCGGGCCCGGGUCGACUAUUUUUGCUGGGUUUGGGUGUCUGCUCAUUCCGGUACCCUUCGUGUUUUACUACCAUGGCAGGCGGAUCCGGGCUGCGAACAAAUGGAGCAAGGCUAGUGUAUUCUGA